AUGGUUCUUACGUUGUCGGUUGUUCUGGUAUGCGCCGGAGCCGUUCUGGGCUCCGUCCAUCCUCCAGCAUAUGGCCAUCACCCACAGCCAGCUUAUGGUCAUCAUGCACCUGCUUACGGCCACCAACAUGCCUACGGCCACGGUUACUGCGACUCAACCGUUGCCCCUGCAUGCGCUGACAACUCUACUCUCUCCUACUGCUUGGAAGACACUGAGUAUCCUGAGUACGAGAUCAAGGCUGCCAUCACUGCCGAUCACCUGUUCGCCAAGAAGUACGCUGAUGUUGCCGACCAAUCUGCUGAUGACCUGGUAGACAUGGUUACCAAGGACCAGGAGGAGGCCUUCGACUACUCUUACUACACUGGAGCCUCCACUGGGGACUCUCCCUACGAUGCCACACACUGGGCUGGUCCUGAGGGUUACAUCUGUCCUUCCGAAGUGGUCUAUGCCAUGCCCAAGCGUGCUCAGAAUGUCGACGGGAAGUGGCGCGUCAUUGUGAACGACGUUCACUAUUACAGCCAAACUGCUCGCCUCGAAACUUGUCUGUUCCCAGAGGCUGCUUGCCGCGCCCUUGCUCCUUGCUACCAGAGCCACUGCACCCAGAAGUCCGUGUACCACCGACUCCUUUCCUACGAUCCAUGUGACCCCUACAAGGGCCUGUUCAUCGACAUCUACAAGAUGCCAUCUGCCUGCUCCUGUCACCUUCCCGCCUAA